GUCUUAAUAUUAAGAUUUUGGUUGAAAAAAAACAUAAACAUCAAUCCAUGUAUGUACAUUUUACCCCAGAGAUAGUUUCAAUUCAUGCUUACUAUACACUGAAUAAACAUGGUACCUUGUUUGUCAACGGUCAAAAUAGGAAGCUUAAUGCACAAAUUCAUUGCCUAUUUAACAUCGAAGACUAGGUUCUGAGUCCCUGUAAAUAUAGUAAUUCAUGUACGGCUGCCAAGAAACGAAAACUGGUAAUAAAUUAACAAACGUAAACCCUUUUUCUAGGUCUAUAUAUUAGUACACUUACCCCCAAGAAUCAAGAUCUUGUCUGCUGUUUCCUCUGUUUAUACAGGCAUGAACACCACCACCACCCUUGUCCAUGACACCAUAACAAAAACUUUUAGCAGUGGAUUAAAGGGUUAUCAGCCAUUGGAUCGUUAUGAUGCUCUGCAUGGAGAUGAUCCUCAUGACAUGGGGUAUAGAAGUGCAAGGGCUAAGAAAAGACAGGUUUUUCUGAAGUCUUACAGGUUAGCAUCAAGAACCGAAUUGAGAAGAAGAAGGUCAAGAUCGUUGAAGCUGAAGAAGGUGGUGGUUAAGGUUAGGAUGGCUGUGUUAUCAGCUGUUUCGUUUAUGAGGGGAAAUGCUUUAAAAUCUUGUAAUUCUAAAUCAUCAAUCUCUGCUUCCUCUCCUAUGCAACUCAGCAAGUCAAGUGUGCAAAAUUCCUGGAGUAGUCUGCAACACCAAGAGAAUUUUUUUCGCUAUGUAGAUUGGAGUUGGACUUUCCAAACUGUCAUUUCUUUUGGGUGGUUUGAAAAUCAUAAGUGUUGGCUAUAGUUGUAUAUAGGAUGAUCAUUUACCAUUUAGGACUGUAUUGACAGACUGCAAUUUGUCAUUGGUAGCUACCAUUUGUUAUGAGUAACUGAUUUUGUCUAUGUAAGCCAAUCUUUUUACACAACGAUAUGGCAAAGAAUUGUUAGAUUUUCCUAAAUUAGCUCCUCCUUGGAUGGUCUUAACAAAUAUCAGCUGCAACCCCAGAUAGUUUGUGCUAAAAAUAGAGAAAUAGAGAGUUGUGUAACAACCAUGCCAAUUACUAUCAUCCUCCAAUCCAUGCCCUCACAUUAUAUAACAAUAACCUAAACCAGUGGAGCAAAAUUCUCCAAAAAGGUCCCCUGUCUCCUCUCUACCUCCAAGUUCAAGAUUCUUAGACGUGAAGGGAAAGGGCUUUUCUUUCUUCUUCUCCUAUCUUGUAUGGACUAUGCUCAGCGCAGGGUGCAUCCAUCUGAUGUUGAGGCAGCAAUGGAAACUGCCCCUGCAUACCCAUCAAAAUAUGUUAUGCUCAACAAUAGUAAUUCUUCAAGCGUAAGGCCUCCUCCUCAAAGGCGUAACAUUCCUAGGUACCAUUCAAACCAUCAUCAUUCUCAUGGACAUUGUUGUUUAAAAUGUGUAUGCUGUUGCUUUUGCUUCUCGAUUGUUGUGAUUAUCGUUCUUGCUAGCCUUCUUUCCGUUCUUUACGUAACACUAGACCCCAAAAUGCCUCAAUAUAAUAUCGAAAGUUUUGAGGUCAAUGCUUUCAACAUGGCUCCGGAUUUUAGCCUCUAUACCGAAUUUGUUGUCGUCGUGAAAGCUAACAAUCCUAAUAAAGAGAUUGCUUUCACCUAUGGCAAGGACAGCUCGGUCGUUGUAGCCUAUUCAGAUUCAACUCUUUGUUCUGGCAAGCUUCCUGCCUUUCACCAACCGUUCGAGAACACAACGAUGAUCCGUGUUGUUUUGACAGGAAAAAGCGAGUUCGGUUCAGGACUUCAAGAAGCUCUAAUGGACAACAGGGAAACAGGAAGGAUCCCUUUACUUGUAAUCGUAAAGGCACCUAUUUCUGUGAUGGUUAAAAGUCUUGCAUUGAGACAGGUUAUGGUUAAUGUCAACUGUUCUUUGGUUGUUGACAACUUGGCACCCAACAAAAGGGUUCGGAUUCUAUCAAGUACAUAUACCUAUGCCUUCGAAGGUAUUACGCUCAAAAUAUGACCCUUAUAUUUUUAUUUUCCUCUUCUUCAUUAGCAUCAUCAAUUCCGGAUGGAAGGGAAAGGAGAAGCAGAGUUGGCUAAUAGCAUCCAUGCCAUUUGCUUCCUCUCUCAGAGAUGAAAUCAGAAGAGUUUGUUCUGCAGGCUAUAUUGUGUAGAUUGCUGAUUAUAAAACAAGUGUAUGUUAUGCAGCUUUAGCUUGUGCUGUGUAGGCUUCUGUUGGAAUUUAUACGUAACUUUAUGUAGCAGUAUUGUAAUUCUGUAAUGUAUAUUUCACCCUGAACUUGUUAUUAUUUGCACAAAUUUAGAAAGCUUAUUCCAUGUUCAGCUCA